UGAGUUUCUACUUUCCGCCGCACAAACAAGGGAGAGAAAUAAAAAAAACAGAAUAUAUGAGUCGAAAACCAGAGCUCCGGGCAGGCAGGUUCCAUGAGUUCUGACCCGGCUACGGAUUUAUGGUUGGGGUCUAUGAGUUUUGGUGUCGUCGCCGGCGGCGGGCUCAGAUCCCGCAGUGGUGAGACUUGGGCGUUUACCAGGAAUAGGGAAGAUCCCUGCACCAGCAUCCUCGACCCCACGCUUUUCUUCAUCAGCAGCAGCUAUGAGUUUUCUCCACUGACAAUAGUGAAAGUGGGCAAGUUGGAUCCUUCUGAGGCCAAUACAAAGUUAUGUUCCAUUUUCAAUGGUGAACCCAAAAGAAGACCCACCAAAAGCUUUGCUGUGAAGCUUCGUAUCUAUGAACCUAAGGUGUGGCUUUAUAUUUGUGCCUAUGUUUAGUUAGGUGAUGUAUACUGGUGAUUAGUAGCAGCAUCACUUUGAAUGUUCAUCUUUUUCCCGCCAUGGUGCUAGAGGAACUAUUGGUCAGGAGAAUUAGGGUUGUUUUUGUUGAGAUCCUGGUGUGUGCGGACAAGUGCUAUCUGCUAUGUCAUGUAUGUAUAUCUAGAAUGUAUGUAUACUGUAGGUUCUUUAAAAAAAAAUGUAUACUGUUGGUAGCUAAUUAUAUUAUAAUUAUGUAACAAAUCUUAUUAUUUUGUGUAGAAUUUGGCAGGCGAGCACUUGGAUUAAGCUGCAUUUGCAUUUUUAAACUUCAAUACGCCCAAAUUUUGUUUACCAGAUGUUGCAUUAUAGAAGAUCGUUGUUGUUUCCAACCAAUUUAUACUUAAAACUCGUAUCAUGUAAAAGUAAUGCAAUGCCAGCUUAAAUCACAUUGUGAUGCCCAGGUGAUCGUUGAGAAGAUCCGAAGGGUGAUCAGAGAUAGUCGAAGGGUUGAGAUCAGAGAUAGUCGGGUGGGGUCCAUUAUCAACCAAGAUCAAGCCAAAACGCGAACCCUCGAUCAUUUGUUUCUUUUCUAUAUGCGUAAUAUAGGUUUGUUUUUAGCUAUGUAUUAUUCAAGAGAUUUAAAUUUGGA